AUGAAAAUAGCGAUUGAUUUCGAUGACGUGAUUAGCCAGACGAACAGAGCAAUAUGCGAGUGGCAUAAUCGGGUGUACGGUACGCAAUGGUCGAUGGAUGAAUUCCACUACUACCACUACUGGAAAAAUCCCGGUUGGGGUACGCCAGCGGAGUGUCAGGAGAAAGUGCGGGCAUUCUACAGUGAUCCGAAGGGUCUGCACAGCACGCAGCCCGUCGCCGGUGUCAAAGAAGCUUUAUUGGCACUCCAAGCGCAAGGACACGAUCUGGUGAUUGUGACUGCACGCAGUCGCAGCCAGCGCGCAAUGACGACAGAGUGGCUAAGUCUGCAUCUCGGUGGACUGUUUGAUGAGCUCUACUUUGUCGGUCAGUUUGAGGAGGAAAAGGGGGAGCAUUACGGGGAAACAAAGGAGGAGCACGGCGGAGAUGGAGAGACGCAGGAGAAGGCGCAGGAUCAGACACAGGACACACUCAAACACACCUCCAAGCACCCCUCCAAAGCUGAUAUCAUCGACGGAAUCGAUGCUGAGGUGCUCAUAGACGAUUCGUUGGAGAACGCCUUAGAAUGCGCCAGGCACACGCGCACAAGGGGUGUAUUGGCGCGCACACAAACACCUAUACGCACCCUUCUCUUUUCGCCACUCCCACCCACACAAAACAUCCCCAUCUACCACUAUCCGUGGAAUGUGGAGGUGUCGCGGGUGGAUAAUCAGCUCGACCACCUCAGUUAUGCUGAGAGGAGGGCGCGCGGAUUGAAAACAGGAGAAAGCAGAGAACCGACUCAGCUGCCUCAGUUUGUAGAGAGAGUCGAGGGCUGGAAGGGUGUUACGCGCUGGUUUGCUCAUGCUAAUGCUAAUACUCAUGCUAACGUUGAUGCUCACACCCACCCACACACACACACACAACAACCUAUCAAGGUAGAAGCCUAG